AGACUUGCCACAAUGGCGAACCAGGUCAGCAAUGGAGCCGCCAACGGCGAGCAGAAGAUGUUCAGCAUUAGACAUCUCCCGAAGAGCAACAACUUUACUCAGAAAUUACCGCCCGAUCCAGAGUUUCCCACGCCAGCGGCUUCGCAUAAGGCUGAGCGCAAACAGCUCGGGCCCCGGCUCGUGAAGAGUGCCGCAUACACAUUCGUUCGACCAGAUCCCUUCAAGAAGUCAGAACUGGUCGGCGUAUCGAAAGCAGCCCUGAAAGACUUGGCGAUUGAUCCUGCGUCUGUCGAGACAGACGACUUUAAAAAGACUGUAGCUGGCGAGCAGAUAGUGACCAUCGACCAAGAUAAAGAGCCUGACGAUGAUGAUAUAUACCCAUGGGCGCAAUGCUAUGGCGGAUAUCAAUUCGGCUCGUGGGCGGGCCAGCUAGGUGACGGACGAGCUAUUUCCCUUUUUGAGACCACAAACCCGAAUACUGGAAAGCGAUAUGAAAUACAGUUGAAGGGCGCAGGGAAAACACCAUACUCACGAUUUGCAGACGGCAAGGCUGUGGUCCGAAGCAGCAUUCGAGAGUUCGUGGUCAGCGAAGCUCUUAAUGCUUUAAAAAUCCCGACAACUAGAGCUUUGAGCUUGACGCUCGGCCCAGAGGAGCGUGUACGAAGAGAGAUGACAGAGCCGGCUGCGAUGGUUGCACGAUUCGCAGAGAGUUGGAUCCGUCUGGGAACAUUUGAUUUACCGAGAUCGAGAGGCGACCGCGAUAUGGUACGCAAAUUGGCUGACUAUGUGGCGGAGAAUGUCUAUACUGGCUGGGAAUCGCUACCCGCCAAGGUGCCAUCGAACGAAGAGAAGGAUGUGCUUGAGCCUUCACGGGGAGUAUCGAAAGACGAGAUUCAAGGAGAGAACGAAUUUGCCGAGAAUCGAUACACGCGACUCUUCCGUGAAGUCGCUCGUCGUAACGCUAAGACAGUCGCUGCAUGGCAGGCAUACGGCUUCAUGAAUGGUGUUUUGAAUACUGAUAAUACAUCGAUACUUGGACUGUCCAUAGACUUUGGCCCAUUUGCUUUCAUGGAUAACUUCGAUCCGAAUUAUACGCCGAAUCACGACGAUCACAUGCUUAGAUACGCAUACAAGGCGCAGCCCAGCAUCAUUUGGUGGAAUCAUGUUCGACUCGCCGAGGCCCUGGGUGAGCUGAUUGGCGCCGGACCGUGGUGCGAUGACGAGGAAUUCACAACCAAGGGAGUGCGUCAAGAGCGUGCCGACGAACUGAUCAAGCGUGCCGAGACUCUGAUUGAUCAGGUUGGCGAAGAGUACAAGGCUGUGUUUAUGGCCGAGUAUAAGCGCCUGAUGACUGCGCGAUUGGGUCUUAAGCAGUGCAAGGAAGGUGAUUUUGAAGAGCUAUACUCGGAGCUUCUUGAUACAUUAGAAGCAUUAGAGCUGGACUUCAACCACGCCUUCCGUCGGAUGAGCAACAUCAGCAUGGUCGAUAUCGACAGUCACGAAAAGGCCAAGGAUGUCGCGGGCCGCUUCUUCCACAACGAAGGUCUUAGUGGACUCGCGGGUAGUGAAGAGGAUGCUCGCGAGCGAUUGGCGAAAUGGCUAGGGAAGUGGCGAACCAGAAUUCUCGAAGACUGGCCGAGCUCAGAAGAGGCGAGGAAGGAGCGCAUUGCUGCCAUGAAGGCUGUCAAUCCUAACUUCGUCCCACGAUCUUGGGUUCUUGAUGAGCUCAUCGAGCGCGUUGAGAAGAAGGGCGAGCGCGAGAUUCUCGGCCACAUCAUGGACAUGGCUUUAGAGCCAUUUAAUGAUAACUGGGGUUGGAAUAAGGAGGAAGAAGAUCGUUUCUGCGGCGACAUCCCGAAGUACCAGAGAGCGAUGCAGUGUUCGUGCAGCUCGUAGAGAAUCUCUCUCCUUCGAAUAGCUAGCUGCCUUCCAGGCAAGCUUGAUCAGAUUCGGGAACGCACGAAUACUUUUCAUAUUCCGACCACUGACGAGGGAUCAAUCACAGCUCCCGAUGCCAUCCGUGCGCCUUCUCAGCAGACAUGCCAGGGAUAUACGAUUUCGUAGUCGGCCUAUCCUCACUCAACGGAAGCGAUGCCUGUCCG